AUGGUCUCUCCGCCGCAUCCCAACUGGCUAGUCACGCUUCUAGCUGAUACAAAACCACCGCCGAAACUAUUUGCUUGGUGUCCCGAGAACAUUAGUCCGCUAUCGGGGGGGGGUUUUGUGAAAGCUUCUGGUAGUGAGUACGGAAACCAUGCUGCUGCCGACCCGAACGACUCGACACCGGACUCUGACGACCGCAUUUUCAUUGUCGGCCCUGGCAACAUUGGCAGACUCUAUGCUAGCUACAUGUCCAGACAUACCGACGCCCUGCCCAUCACUCUGGUUGUCCAUCGGAAAGAACUUUUAUCACAAUGGCUCACGUGUGAUGGGGUAGUGCUUGCCGACCGAGAUGGCGGCAGGAUGCUCAAAAGCAAGCGGUUCAACAUCGAAUGGUGGACAGAAGCCAAACCUCAAUACGGCCCUGUGAGAGAGGUGGCAAACGGAGGCACUUUGGGCAAAGUGUUCAUAUCGACGAAGGCUGAUGCUGGAUUGGCCGAAGUAGAUCGAUUCCGCCGAUACUUGGGGCGAUUGAGCUCUGUUGUCUUUGCACAGAACGGCGUGAGCAAGCUGUGGCCUCCGUACGGCCCCCUGUAUCUUGCCCAUCGGUAUGAUUUCAAUGAUACGCCGACCUUCUCAGCCUGUGUGGUGAACCAUGGCGUGUCAUCAGCAGGGCCCUUCUUGAGCAUUCACGCCGCUCCCGCCGACGCGUCCAUUGGGCCGAUCCUGUAUAGUUCAGGGCCACCGCUACCUUAUGAGGGACACACAAAAAAGAAAAAGGCGAAGUGGAAAUGGGGCAGCUCUUUCUCCCACUACAUCAGCACUACACCUCAUCUUGACACGAAAUUGGUCUGCGCUGGCGAAUUGUGGUUAAUCCAGCUGGAGAAGCUUGUCACAAAUGCCACAAUAAAUCCGCUCACAGCUUUGCUACGAUGCAAAACGGGAGAAUUGUUCACAAGCUACGCCUCGGAGGAUUCCCUUGCGCGUGUACUCGACAAGCUCCUGUGGCAAGCGAGCGCUGUAAUCCAAGCGCUAAUCAACCACCACGCCAGCCUCGACAUCGUCACUUCCUAUGCGGAGACGGUGCAGCGACUCAUACCAGGCGCCGACGACUACUACAAGAAUUUUGCAAAUAUCCGCCGAAAGCUGACCGUCAGGUUUUCGCAGCCUGUUCUAAAGGCGAAGAUGUAUGCAUUCGGUCGCAAAAUCAGUGAGCACCGAAGCUCGAUGCUUCAGGACGUGGAGGCGGGGAGAAGAACAGAAAUACAAGACUUGAACGGUUGGAUCGUCGACAUGGCCGAUUUCUUGGGCACGGGUCUAGAUGUGAGCGUCCAUUGCGGUUUGAUAGAGCUGAUUGAAAGUGGUCGAGUCUUAGACAAGAGGGAGUUGGCAAGAGAGUUACUGUAA